AUGGGUCGUCAGGUAUUAAUUAUAACGACAAAUCCUCUAUCAAAGGAUAAAUUUCUGUCAAUUUCAUCGGAAAUCAACAUCGCCGUACUGAGUGUAGAACCGUAUCUUCAAAAAGAUCAAUAUUACAGUCAUGUAGGUUAUUUACGUCUAUUAGUCCAAAGAACAGAAAUACUGUUUACGUUACUAGAGAAUAAGAUAGAAACUUUCCUGUUUGAAAGUGACUCCCUAUGGAUAAAAAACCCUAUCCCCUUAUUACAGUCGUAUGCUAAUACGUCAGACAUGGUGUUUGUACAUAAUAUGAUUCAUCGUGGUUCUACUUCCGUUAAUGGAGGUUUUCUUUAUAUGUUUCCAACAAGUCCCACUAUUAAAGUGUUACACGAAUUACAUAGAAUGAUGAUGAAAUUAGCAGAUACUAUUAAAAACUGGCCACCAGAAAAAGCAGUUUCCGAAGGUGAAAAUGACCAAGUAUACUUAAAUCGUCUGGUUUUAAACAAAUAUGGUGGGAUGGAAACUACUAUGAUGCCCUUUUCAGAGUUCCCGGAUGGAAAGUGGUACACAGCAUCCGAGUCACAACGUAUAUCAUGGCAUCCAUAUGUUAUUCAUAAUAAUUGGAUAAUUGGAAGAGAAGAAAAAAUGAAACGUGCUAAACAGUGGGGUCAUUGGUUUAUGAAGGAUAAUAGUGAAUGUGAUGAUGAACAAGUUAGGAAGAUAAUUAACUUAUAA